AUGGAUAACGGAUCUGUGAAUAAUACGAAUGCAAGCAAUGCGAGCAGUUCGGAUUCCGGGCCAACUGAAUCACCAACUGCACCUCUGACGUCGAGGAACGCUAGACCCAAAAGAAAGGUACACUUGAAUUCAUUCACCUCAUGUUGA